UUAGCAACAAAGGAGCACACACCUUGAUCCUUGAUUGGUAAGAAGACACAAAAGAAGGCUGAUUCAGAGAAGCCAUUUGCCAGCAGGAUUCAUUCAUGUUGAGGACCAAGGAAGGCACUCAAGCACCUGCAAUAAACUCUACUUAAAUUCAGUGUCUGUAUGAUAAUUAAGAAAUCACAAUACCUUGUAUUGAUAAUUAUUACAAAUGUAUGUUCCCCAGAAGUUAAAUAUUGCCUGAAAGAUCCAAUAAAAAUAAUGACAGCUGGGGCACUUGGGUGGCUCAGUUGGUUAAGCCUCCGACUCCUGAUUUCUGCUCAGGUCAUGAUCUCAUGGUUAGUGGGUUCGAGCCCCAUGUGGGACUGUGUGCUGAUGGCGUGGAACCUGCUUGGGAUUCUUUUUCUCUCUGUCUCUCUCUUUCCCCCCCCCACCCCUCCCCUACUGGUGUUCUCUCUCACGAAAUAAAUCGUUAAAAAAAAAAAUGAUAGCUACUUUACUGAAUGCCUGUCAAUUCACUUGAUCUUUCCCUAAAUCAAGGUAGGUGUGUCCCCUUUGGUCAGGCACCCUUAAAAUCCAUUGCCACAUAUUCUCCCCAGGUUUUUCUAACAGUUUUUAGAAUAUUAAAAAAAUUUAUUUUGAGUAUGAUUACACACUUGCUGAUUCUGAUUCUGCAUAGCACCCUCUGGCUCAUGUUGAGGCUGACCCCUGGUCUUGGGAAGACACAGUAAGACCUAGAACACAGGAGAGAAGAAUUUUGUUUUCCUUAGGCAAAGGGAACACUAAAAAUCAUUCCUCUCCUAAUUGUAGCCCUAGAUCGUGCAGAUAAACUGUAUGUUCUUUGUAGUAUCAAUUUAGAAGACGUCUAUUCAUUUGAAGCCAGUCAAAAUGUAGGGUGGUGUUGGUUGGGCAGUUGAAGGCCCCAGGUGGGUGGACAUGGCAUCUCCUGGGGACCCUCCUCCCCCCUGACCUGCCCUCAUCCUUCGCGUCCCCUGCGGGAACAAGAAAAGAGUAGGGCCUGUUGAGGGAAGUGGAGCUUCGAGUUUCAACCCAGUGCUUUGUUUUUAUUUAUUUAUUUAUUUAUUUAUUUAUUUAUUUAUUUAUUUAUUUAUUAUUUAUUCUUUUUUUCUCCCCCCAGUGCUUUGUUUUUAAAAGGACGCCCCCUUUUCCAUCUUGCAAUACUCCGUCUGGUGGUGGGUUAGCUGGCUGGGGAGGGGCUUGGGGGUUCUGGAGUCGCUGUCCUGCAUCUUGGGGAGCCCACGCCGUCCACCGUGGAGCCCCAGGCUGGGUGGGUGACCCCACAGCAAUAUGUGGGGGAAGCGUAAUUACCCCUUUUGAAACUGAGUCUUGGGGGGCUGCCAGGAUUUUGUUUUUGUUUGUUUUACUUAGGGACUUUACCACGUGGCAGAGUCAGGAUUCAAACUGCUUUCUGCCUUACUAAGUCUCUUCAAUUUACUCUCUCCCCUCAGGGAUCCUAUUAUCUAUGGCUUCCAAGAAAGUGUCUACCUGUGGUGAACAUUUCAGGCCAGAAAAAUUAAAAGAAUGGCCAGAGCUCGAGUCAGUUGCUUUAAUGGAGGUGUUAGCUAGAGAAGACAUUGAUGAAGCUGUACUUGCAAUAUUAUUUAGAGAAAAUUACAUUGCCAAGGUUAUGUUGCCUUUGUUUUGUGAUUCCCUGUUUAGAAGAUGGCAAGAGAUGGAUGAAGAGAAGAGAGCUGUUUUUCAAAAUAAGACAGGAAAACGAUAUACCUUAAAAGAAUGUAAAGACCUAGAGAAGGCCAGGCUUUAUGCCACAUUGCCCCAUUUCACUUUUACUCUACAUGAUGUUAUUCUAGAGUGGCAUAAAGCCUCUGCGAGAUCUGUGAGAAACAAAACACCUAGUAAAUGCAGUGGUGCACCGGUUCGCAUUUCCACCAACAAUACCAUUUUUGAAAGGCAAUUUCAUUCCUCAAAGCUCAGCCAGGAGAAUGGAAGGGAAGAGAGGAAUUGUGUGGUGAGCAGAGAUCUGGGGGAGCAGGGCUGGGAUGGCACAAGUUGCAACAUGCACAAGAUGACAGGCAUUGAUUUUGGAAUUUGAGCCAUUGACACAUCCCUCCUUGUGACACAGGUUCCCCAGGGUAGAGAAGGCAGGAGGCAAAAAAGGG